GCCGUAACGGCCAUCGCGGCGGCCACGGCGGUCUCCCGGUCCCUUCCUCAGGUGAGCUGGGGCCACACGGACCCGGCAGAAGGAAGUGCUGAAGCUGCUGAAAGAUGGCAGAAGAAGUGGUGGUAGUAGCCAAAUUUGAUUAUGUAGCCCAACAAGAACAAGAGCUGGACAUCAAGAAGAAUGAGAGAUUAUGGCUUCUGGAUGACUCUAAGUCCUGGUGGCGAGUUCGAAACUCCAUGAAUAAAACUGGUUUUGUGCCUUCUAACUAUGUGGAGAGGAAAAACAGUGCUCGGAAGGCAUCUAUUGUAAAAAAUCUGAAGGAUACUUUAGGCAUUGGAAAAGUGAAAAGAAAACAUAGUGUGCCAGAUUCUGCAUCUCCUGCUGAUGAUAGCUUUGUUGACCCAGGGGAACGUCUCUAUGACCUCAACAUGCCUGCUUAUGUGAAAUUUAACUACAUGGCAGAGAGAGAGGAUGAAUUAUCAUUGAUAAAAGGGACAAAGGUGAUCGUCAUGGAGAAAUGCAGUGAUGGGUGGUGGCGGGGUAGCUACAAUGGACAAGUUGGAUGGUUCCCUUCAAACUAUGUAACUGAGGAAGGUGACAGUCCUUUGGGUGACCACGUGGGUUCUCUCUCAGAGAAAUUAGCAGCAGUUGUCAAUAACCUAAGUACUGGGCAAGUGUUGCAUGUGGUACAGGCUCUUUUCCCCUUCAGUUCGUCCAAUGAUGAAGAACUUAAUUUUGAGAAAGGAGAUGUAAUGGAUGUUAUUGAAAAGCCUGAAAAUGACCCCGAAUGGUGGAAAUGCAGGAAGAUCAAUGGAAUGGUUGGUCUGGUGCCAAAAAACUAUGUUACCAUUAUGCAGAAUAAUCCAUUAACCUCAGGUUUGGAACCAUCACCUCUGCAGUGUGAUUACAUUAGGCCUUCACUUAUUGGAAAGUUUGCUGGCAAUCCAUGGUACUAUGGGAAAGUCACCAGGCAUCAAUCAGAAAUGGCAUUAAAUGAAAGAGGGCAUGAAGGGGAUUUCCUCAUUCGUGAUAGUGAAUCUUCGCCAAAUGAUUUCUCUGUAUCGCUAAAAGCACAAGGGAAGAACAAGCAUUUUAAAGUCCAGCUAAAAGAGACUGUCUACUGCAUUGGGCAGCGUAAAUUCAGCACCAUGGAAGAACUUGUAGAACAUUACAAAAAGGCACCAAUUUUUACAAGUGAACAAGGAGAAAAACUGUAUCUUAUUAAGCAUUUGUCAUGAUAAUGCUGAUCAGAAGUGACUGCUACACAGCUGUAAUUCGUCAUGUAAUUGAAG